CGCUGAGCGACGGCGGGAUGGGACCGCGGGGCACCGGCGGCUGGGCCGGCCCCGCCGGGGCGCCGGCUCCCGGUCGGACGUGCCUCCUCCCGCUGCUGCUGUGCGCCGCGCUCCGGAGCCUGCGGGCGAGCCCCGGCAGCGAGGUGAAUUUACUGGACUCACGUACAGUAAUGGGGGAUCUGGGAUGGAUAGCCUACCCAAAAAAUGGGUGGGAAGAAAUUGGUGAAGUGGAUGAAAACUAUGCUCCAAUACACACAUACCAAGUAUGCAAGGUAAUGGAACAGAAUCAGAACAACUGGCUUCUGACCAGCUGGAUCUCUAAUGAAGGGGCAUCCCGCAUCUUCAUUGAGCUCAAAUUCACCCUGAGGGACUGUAACAGCCUUCCAGGAGGACUUGGGACGUGCAAGGAGACUUUUAACAUGUAUUACUUUGAAUCAGAUGAUGAAGAUGGGAGGAACAUCAAAGAAAACCAGUACAUCAAGAUUGAUACCAUUGCUGCUGAUGAGAGCUUCACAGAGUUAGACCUUGGAGACAGAGUAAUGAAGCUUAACACGGAGGUGAGAGAUGUUGGGCCCCUAACAAAAAAGGGAUUUUACCUCGCUUUCCAGGAUGUGGGUGCCUGCAUUGCCCUGGUUUCUGUGCGCGUGUACUACAAGAAAUGCCCAUCAGUUAUACGUAACCUGGCCCACUUCCCUGACACCAUCACGGGUGCGGAUUCCUCGCAGCUCCUGGAGGUGUCAGGUGUCUGCAUCAACCACUCAGUGACUGAGGAGGCACCGAAGAUGCACUGCAGUGCAGAGGGGGAAUGGCUGGUGCCCAUCGGAAAGUGCUUGUGCAAGGCAGGGUAUGAGGAGAAGAACAACACCUGCCAAGUAUGCAGACCUGGGUUCUUCAAAGCUUCACCCCACAGUCCAUCCUGCAGCAAAUGCCCCCCUCACAGCUACACACUUGAUGAAGCAUCCACGUCUUGCCUGUGUGAAGAACACUAUUUUAGGAAGGAAUCAGACCCACCUACAAUGGCCUGUACAAGACCCCCCUCUGCUCCUCGGAGUGCCAUCUCAAAUAUUAACGAGACUAGUGUCUUUCUGGAAUGGAUUCCCCCUGCUGAUACUGGUGGAAGGCAAGAUGUAUCUUAUUAUAUUGCAUGCAAGAAGUGCAGCUCACACUCGGGUCUGUGUGAGGCAUGUGGUGGUCAUGUCAGGUACCUCCCCCAGCAAACCGGCCUGAAAAACACCUCUGUCAUGAUGGUGGAUCUGCUUGCUCAUACAAACUAUACCUUUGAAAUUGAGGCAGUGAAUGGAGUGUCCGACCAGAGCCCUGGAGCACGGCAGUUUGUGUCUGUAAAUGUAACGACAAACCAGGCAGCACCUUCUCCAGUCAGUACUGUGAAGAAAGGGAAGAUAACUAAAAAUAGCAUCUCUCUUUCCUGGCAGGAGCCAGAUCAACCGAAUGGCAUCAUCCUGGAAUACGAAAUCAAAUAUUUUGAAAAGGACCAAGAGACGAGCUACACCAUCAUCAAGUCCAAAGAGACGACGAUUACGGCAGAUGGUUUGAAGCCAGGCUCAGCAUACAUCUUCCAGAUCCGAGCCCGGACAGCUGCCGGCUAUGGGGGCUUCAGCCAAAGAUUCGAGUUCGAAACCAGCCCACUGUCAGUAGCUGCAUCCAGUGAUGAUAGCCAGAUUCCUGUAAUUGUUGUGUCUGUAACAGUGGGAGUCAUUCUGCUGGCUGUUGUUAUCGGUUUCCUUCUCAGCGGAAGGCGAUGUGGUUAUAGCAAGGCUAAGCAAGAUCCAGAAGAAGAAAAGAUGCAUUUUCAUAAUGGCCACAUUAAGCUGCCUGGAGUGAGGACCUAUGUUGACCCCCACACCUACGAGGACCCUAAUCAAGCUGUUCAUGAGUUUGCUAAGGAAAUUGAAGCUUCAUGCAUAACCAUUGAAAGAGUUAUUGGAGCUGGUGAAUUUGGAGAAGUCUGCAGUGGGCGGCUGAAGCUGCAGGGAAAGCGGGAGUUUCCAGUGGCUAUCAAAACCCUGAAGGUGGGGUACACAGAGAAACAGAGAAGAGAUUUCUUGGGAGAAGCAAGCAUCAUGGGGCAGUUUGACCACCCCAACAUCAUCCACCUGGAAGGUGUCGUCACAAAAAGCAAACCAGUAAUGAUAGUGACUGAAUACAUGGAGAAUGGCUCUCUGGAUACAUUUUUAAAGAAGAACGAUGGGCAGUUCACCGUCAUCCAGCUGGUUGGGAUGCUACGAGGCAUCGCAUCAGGAAUGAAGUACCUGUCUGACAUGGGUUAUGUGCACAGAGAUCUGGCCGCCAGGAAUAUCCUGAUCAACAGCAACUUGGUCUGCAAAGUGUCAGACUUUGGCCUCUCCAGAGUCCUAGAAGAUGACCCUGAAGCAGCAUACACAACCAGGGGAGGGAAGAUCCCCAUUCGAUGGACAGCGCCUGAAGCAAUUGCCUUCCGCAAAUUCACAUCUGCCAGCGAUGUCUGGAGCUACGGCAUUGUAAUGUGGGAGGUGAUGUCCUAUGGCGAGAGACCUUACUGGGAAAUGACAAACCAAGAUGUGAUUAAAGCUGUGGAGGAAGGCUAUCGCCUGCCAAGUCCCAUGGACUGCCCUGCUGCUCUCUACCAACUAAUGCUGGACUGUUGGCAGAAAGACCGCAACAGCAGGCCCAAGUUUGACGAAAUUGUCAGCAUGUUGGACAAGCUCAUCCGUAACCCGAGCAGCCUGAAGACAUUGGUUAAUGCAUCAAGCAGAGCAUCAAAUCUGUUGGUAGAGCACAGUCCAGUCGGGAGCGGUGCCUACAGGUCCGUGAGUGAGUGGCUGGAAGCCAUCAAAAUGGGCCGAUACACAGAAAUCUUCAUGGAGAAUGGAUACAGUUCAAUGGAUGCAGUGGCUCAGGUGACCCUAGACUCUAAUUCUUGCAAAGGGAUGAAUCAUCUUGUGAAAAGUGGAGCCUCACCCUCCACCCUCUCUUUCCAACUGGAUAUCAGACUUGAAAGGAACCUUUCCAGUGGACCAGACCUGCUCUUUAAACUUGUGGACCACCUAGUGACUUUGAGUGUGUCUGGAGCUCUUUCAAUCCACUGCAAGAAUAACUUUACCAGGACAAUAUUCAAGAAUAGGUAGAUCCAUGGCAUGAGUUUCAGUCUGACCCUUAACUGGACCAAUUACUAACCACGUGGACUACAUAUUUUCACCUUUUGAAAGAUCUGUACUCACUGAAUCUCAGGACACCCUGUUGUUUGUUAUUAGAUGAAGAGCUCUGAAUAUUUGUAAUAAUAUGUGUUGUGUUCCUUUGCAUUGUAUAUAUUUUUCUUCUAAAAUAAAAUAAAUUAUUUAUUAAAAGUUAUACUGGAUGAAGAACAUUUAAGAGUUCACCUGCUCUAGAUGCUUAUGCUUAACCUGAAAUCUCUGUCCUGGGAUUGCUAUGCUGUAUCUGCUUCUGAACAAAUUCUCAUCUUGUAAUCAAGUAGAAUGGGAAUUAUGAGUAAGAGCAGAUGAACUCUUAAAACAAAAUUUUUAAGUCCUCAUUUCAUGCAAAUGUCCCUAGCAAGCAGAUUCCUCUCUCUUUAGCAUCGUCUGAAGGUCUUUGAGGUUCUUCUUGUUUACCCACAUUCAGGCUGACAACCAACUAACUCCGUGAGAAUUCCCUGUCUGCAUGAGCAACUGUAGUUGCACCACAUGCAGAACAGUGGUGAGAUCUGCCCUGGAUGGGAGAUGAAAUACAAAAUACCUAUGGUAGGCUGACAGCUGCUGACCACAGAGAUCUUUCAGGACUGUGGCCCUUUCGCCUGUAUGACUAAACCAGCUGGUGAGGGGGCUGUGGCAUGUGGCAAUCCAGUCCUAGUCUACACUGCGUUUGGCAAACUGGUCCAUGGUGUAUAAGUAGUUAUAUUUGUAAAUAAAAUGUUUUAAAUCUAUUUCCUAUAACAUGGAGACUGUGAAUUCAACCCCUGCAAAUGGAGGCUAUUUCAGGGAAGGGGAUACUGUGUUGUCACUGGUGUGUUGCAGCUGGGCUUCCAUGCAAGGCAGUGGUAAGAGAGCAGCAUACAUGCAGCUGUUUACAGG